AUGAAGUUCACUUAUGUAUUAACGGGUUGGGAAGGAACAGCAUCUGACUCAAAAGUUCUUAAGAAUGCAUUAUCGAGGGAUGAUAAUCUUAAACUUCCACGAGGAAAAUUUUACCUUGGGGAUGCUGGAUUUAUGCUGAAGUAUGGAUUAAUUACCCCAUACCGAAGUGUAAGGUAUCACCUAAAAGAGUAUGCAAGACGUGGCCCAGAAAAUGAAAAAGAACUAUUUAAUCUUCGUCAUGCUUCAUUGAGAAAUGUUAUCGAAAGGUCAUUUGGAGUUUUAAAGAAAAGAUUUGCAAUAAUCACAAGUGGCACUGAACCACAUUAUGACUUUGAGACUAUGACUGAAAUUGUGCUAGCUUGUUGCAUAUUACAUAACUUUUUAAUGGGUGUAGAUCCUGAUCCACAUCUCAUAGCUCAAGUUUACCGAGAACUACAAGAAAAUAAUCCAGAAGAGGAUGAAGUAGUUCGACAUGAACAAGAUGAAGACUAUAGGCGGGGGGCCAUAUUAAGGGAUGAAAUAGCUGCUCAAAUGUGGGCUGACUAUCAACUAGGACUCUGA